AUGGCUGCGAUGGCGUCCUCUUCAUCGACAUUGCCGGCAAGCCUUGGAUCGCCAUCGGCCACACUCUCUAGCAUCACCCCGCCCUCGAUGAACGCGACCGGCCAGUAUGGCCAUUCCGGUCACUCCUCUGGCUUCGGCCAUGCUCUCUUGUCGCUUGUGACCUUUAUUCCUGGCGGGUUGUUCUGGAUCGUUACAUUCACUACCAUCACCCUCCCAAGAUGGCUGUUCACUCUUUUCUCCAUGAGCCUGACUUUCACCAUGAACUUUACUACUUUGCUCCUUAUCUUCCUGGCGGUCGUCUCGACCAUCAGCUGGUUCAUCCGCUACCGCUACCUGAACGUCUAUGCCCGCCUACCUGAAGAACCCAAGAGAAAAGAACCACAGAUAGAUUUGUUUCCAGACACGCAAGAUGGAGAUUCAAAGCCCGGGCUGGCAAAUUACCUUGACGAGUUCCUCAGCGCCAUCAAAGUGUUUGGAUAUCUCGAGAGACCGGUAUUUCACGAGUUGACCAGGACAAUGCAGACUAGGAAACUCAUUGCUGGAGAAACGUUGCUUCUCGAGGAAGAGAAAGGCUUCUGUCUGGUUGUGGACGGUUUGGUGCAGAUCUUCGUCAAGUCCUUGAGGGAAGUGUCAGACGAUCCGGCGGCGGGCCAAGCAGGACUUUUUAACAAUGAUGAAGAAGGCUAUCAUGAAGGCAACCAGGGCUACCAGUUGCUGACCGAAGUCAAGAAUGGAGCGUCAAUGUCGUCGCUCUUCUCCAUCUUGUCGCUCUUUACAGAAGAUAUAAAGCUGCGCCAUGCCGACGGAGUCAACCCUCCCUCGGCCUUUUCCAAUCACAUGUCCAAUACUCCUGAUUCGGUAGUGACCAGCCCUACUACGCAGCCGUCGACACCAGCUAUGCCUGUCUCUGGUCAUCCUCGAGAAGGUCUCGCAAAAGCAAGGUUGCCGAGUGUCCCACCGCUCAGUCUUGGUGCUGCAUUUGACGAACGCCACUAUCAACAACAACAUCAACAGCCGCAACAAGACAAAGCUAAGACCGGCCCCUCGGCGCAUCCUGACAUUGUGGCCAGGGCGGUGGUGGAUACGACAAUUGCCAUCAUCCCCGCAAGUGCUUUUCGCCGGCUGACCAGGGUGUAUCCCAAAGCCACUGCUCAUAUAGUCCAGGUCAUAUUGACUCGAUUGCAUCGCGUAACCCUUUCUACGGCACAUCAAUAUCUGGGAUUGACCUCGGAAGUGCUGCAGAUCGAGAAGUUGAUGAACAAGUACACCAGCUAUGAUUUGCCAAAUCACCUACGUGGCGACGCGUUGGAUCGCCUGCGAGACAAAUUUGCAAAGGAGCGGGACAGGAUCGGACUGGAGGAAGGGACUAAAGGCAUUGCCUUGCACAACCCACGGGCUCAUCGGAGGAGAUCGUCAAGCGGUCUGCGGAGGGAAGCAGCGAUGGCAGCCCGGCUGUCGGCGACGAGGCGAACUCCGCCCCUGAACUCGAGGCCAAGUGGUCUUUCUCAGGCGUCUGGUACCUCAAACGGAAACGCGCCCGAACCUUCGGAAAGCUCCAGGCCCAACCAAAGGCCGACCAGUCUGCAUAUGCCGCCAAUAUCGAACACGCUCAGUAUGCCAAGUCCCGAGGCAGUGAAAGCCGAGGCGGGCAGUCCAUUGGGGAAUCGUGAGCAGCCGCUGUUUAGGCCGUUCGCGGAUGAUAUCCCGCAUCGGCCAGAGUCCAUCAAUGAGGACAGUCUUUUCCGGGAAUCAGUCUUGGAAUGUAUCGGCAAGGCCAUCGGUCUAGAUGAGGCGAUCAACCAGUCCAUGAAAAGAGGAUUGGCGUCGGUGGAACAAUCUCCACGGCUCGUCUCCUACGAUGCAAGGAGACAAACUGCCAUUUUCAACAACGCUUUCGGGUUCAUCGAUCCGUACGAGGAUUCUGCCGAUGGGGAGUCCGACUCAGCCUCGGCCUCCGCUGCCAGUGUCUCUGGUUCAUUUCACGCACAGUCGUUGAACGAAGAGCUGAUAGAUGACGUGGAGAUCGUUUACUUCCCAAAGGGCUCUGUUCUUGUGGAACAAGGUGAGCGAAAUCCCGGGCUUUAUUACGUUAUUGACGGGUUUCUCGAUGUGAGUAUCCCGGUGGAGGAAAAGGAAGAUAGAAAUCUUGCACGAGAAGCAAAUGACCGGAAAACACGAGACGAUGGCACCUUGCAACUUCGAAGGACAAAGACGGGCAAUUCGCGCGCGUCUUCCGUCGCCGCUAUUCCCGGACAGCCCAAGGAGGGCAGAAGAAUGGUGCAAAAAUCGCUGUUUCUGGUGAAGCCAGGAGGCGUUGCCGGUUACGUCGGCACAUUGUCCUCCUACCGAAGCUUUACAGAUGUCACAGCAAAGACGGACGUCUAUGUUGGCUUCCUUCCUCGGGCAUCUUUAGAACGCGUCGCCGAGAAGUAUCCGGCGGUGCUGCUUACCAUGGCGAAAAGGCUCACCAGUCUCCUCCCGCGCUUGAUCCUACAUAUCGACUUUGCGCUCGAGUGGGUUCAAGUCAACGCAGGGCAGGUCAUUCAUCAUCAAGGCGAUGAAAGUGAUGCCAUUUACAUCGUCCUCAACGGUCGGCUCCGAGCUGUUCGGGAGCUCGAAAAUGGAGAAAUGCGCGUGACCGGAGAAUAUGGCCAAGGGGAAAGCAUUGGGGAGCUUGAAGUCAUGACGGAUGCGAAUAGAUCGGCCACUCUCCAUGCCAUUCGAGAUACCGAACUUGCCAAAUUUCCCAGAAGCCUGUUCAACAGCUUGGCGCAAGAACAUCCCAACAUUACCAUUCAGAUCUCCAGGCUGAUAGCGCAGCGAAUGCGGGCACUCAUCGAAGCGCCGUUGUCGGAGAACGGGCAGGAAAGGGGAAAGGCCGCGCUGAGCGACUCGGGCACCUCGAAUCUGAAUCUGCGCACGAUAGCAGUCUUGCCGGUUACUGCGGGGGUUCCCGUGGUUGAGUUCGGUAACCGUCUCGUGGCGGCACUGAGUCAAGUUGGCGUGCCCAAUGGAGUUUCGCUGCUCAACAAUUCCAUCAUCUUGAGCCAUCUUGGCCGGCACGCUUUUACGCGAAUGGGCCGGUUGAAGUUGUCACAGUAUCUUGCGGAUCUGGAGGAAAAGUACGGAAUGCUCCUGUACAUUGCCGAUACCAAUGUCAACGCACCCUGGACGCAGACCUGUAUCUCACAGGCGGACUGUAUUCUGUUGGUUGGACUCGCCGACGGCUCUCCAAGCAUUGGCGAGUACGAACGAUUUUUGCUAGGCAUGAAAUCCACAGCGCGCAAAGAUCUGGUGCUCCUCCACUUGGAUCGGUUUACUCCGCCCGGCCUUACCAGCAGAUGGCUGCGGAACAGGAUGUGGAUCAAUGGAGGCCACCAUCACGUCCAAAUGGCAUUCCGUGUGAACCCGGAAGUGACGCCUCACGCGCAACCCAGACGACUGGGAUCGGCCAUCAAGCAAAGAGUACAAGUCAUCCAAGCCGAGAUUCAAAAGUACACGUCUCGAAGGAUCCGGCACGCACCUCUGUAUUCGGCGGAUCGGCCGUUCAAAGGGGAUCUGCACCGACUGGCGCGGCGGCUCUGCGGCAAAUCCGUCGGUUUGGUGCUCGGCGGAGGCGGCGCUCGGGGCAUUGCACAUGUGGGAGUGAUACAGGCGCUCGAAGAGGCAGGGAUUCCAAUCGACAUUGUCGGCGGGACGUCGAUCGGUGCAUUCAUGGGAGCAUUGUAUGCGCGUGACGCAGACACAGUUCCCAUGUACGGACGAGCGAAGAAAUUCUCUGGCCGCAUGGGCAGCAUGUGGCGGUUCGCUCUGGACCUGACAUACCCCUCAGCGGCGUACACGACAGGGCAUGAAUUCAACCGGGGAAUCUUCAAGGCGUUUGGCAAUUCGCAAAUUGAAGAUUUCUGGUUAUCCUUCUACUGCAACACGACCAACAUCAGCAAAUCGCGCGCCGAGAUCCACACUUCGGGAUACGCGUGGCGCUACGUCCGCGCCAGCAUGUCUCUUGCGGGCUUGUUGCCGCCCAUCUGCGACGAAGGCAGCAUGUUGUUGGAUGGAGGAUACAUGGACAACCUGACCGUGUCGCACAUGAAGAGUCUGGGCACAGACCUCGUUUUUGCAGUCGACGUCGGCAGUCUAGACGACGACACUCCGCAACAGUACGGAGAUACCUUGUCGGGUUUCUGGGCCCUGUUUAAUCGCUGGAAUCCGUUUUCUUCAACUCCGAACCCCCCGACGCUGAGUGAUAUUCAAGCGAGACUUGCUUACGUCAGUUCUGUCGAUGCCUUGGAAAGAGCAAAAGCUACGCCGGGGUGUUUGUAUAUGAGACCGCCUAUCGAUGCCUAUGCCACGCUGGACUUUGCCAAGUUUGAUGAGAUUUACGAAGUGGGGUACUCGUAUGCUAAGGAAUAUUUGGCCCGGCUGAAGAAUGAUGGUGAGUUGAAGAGUGUUAUUGAGAUGUGGUCGGGUAAGGGGGGCGAGGAAGGUGAUAAGGGACUGUUGAGAGCCAUGGCGCCUAGGAGAGCUAGUAUUUGA